AUGCAGAUCUCCCACUUCACCAUUUUCGCCGUCCUCGCCGGCCUCGGCCUUGCCGCGCCAACUGCAAAGGUCGACAGCAGAGCCGCACAAGAGGUCGACCCGCUCAUGGCCGCGGGGAAGCUCUUGCCCCGGCAAAUCACUAUUGAGUGGUGCACGAAAUCCUGCGACUGCGACAAGAUCCCGAAAGAAGAGAAAUUCCAAUGCUAUUCGAAUGCCAACUGCGAGGAGUGUAGACGUCGGGGAUAUUACCCACCCAAGAAGGACUCGAGAGUUUAG